AUAUAUAUAUAUAUAGCACUUAUGAAAUCAUUUAGGCAGGUUAAUCCAAUCAAGAAUUAAAAACAUCCCUGCUAUUUUGGUUUCAAUUUUUAUCGACAAAUGCAAAUGUUAAAUAACAAUAUAUAUCGUACCGGAAAGUUUCUGUAUUACGCGCAAUUUGGACGACCGACGCGUAUACAAAUGUAAAGGUAACCUUUCAUAAUUCAUUAUUUUGACAUUUGUUUUGAAUAAAAUUUUAACACAACAAUAUUUAUGUAAUUAUCAUCCAAAUACCGCUGGUUUCGUUAUUAUAUUGAUGAUAUAUCGUUAUUAUAUUCGGAUAGCACACUAAUUGACUGUUUUCCAGCAUUCAGAAAAAAUAUAUGGCUACAUAAAUUUCAGAAAAAUUUGACAAAUAAGCCACUGAGAAGACAUUGGUUGAUUUAUUGAUUGAUUGGUUCUUUGCUUACCGUAACUAUAACCAUGGAUAACAUGCUGAAAUAUAAUGAAUUUUUACAAAGGUUUAAUUUAUCCGAAGAUUAUUUUGAAGAUAAUAAUUUCACCAUUAAGAUGGAAUAUGACUAUACACAAAAAUUACAAUGGAAAAUUGUGAUAAUAUUUGUCUACGUGCUAAUCAUGUUAAUUGGAAUUUUUGGAAACAUAACUAUAGCUUUAAUAAUAAUGACUAACAAACAAUUUCAUUCAGUCACAAACAUUUUCAUUGCCAACCUAGCUAUCUCGGAUAUUGGCAUGUGUAUUUUUAAUUUACCCUUUCAGCUUCAUUAUCAACUCAGCGACAACUGGGUAUUUGGCAAUAUUAUGUGUACUGUAUUUAAUUCCUCUUUUGCUAUCCCUAUAUACGAUUCAACUAUGUGUAUUUUAAUGAUUGCAAUUGAUCGCUAUAUUCUAAUUGUUUAUCCUUUUAGAAAGCGGAUGAGUAACAAAAUGGCGCUUCGCUUAACGCUACUGAUUGCCCUUCUGGCAAUUGGUCCUGCUAUUCCUAUGGUGAUAUACAGUAAGCUUGUUGUAUUGAAUAUACCAGCUAUACAACUUGAUAAAAUACUAUGCGGCGAAGAAUGGCCUUCAGAAGUAAUCAGGAGAGUUUACACAGUGUCUGUAUUUCUGCUGCAGUUCUGCAUUCCCAUUAUUGCUACUUCAAUUCUCUACAGCCGUAUCUAUACUGUUUUGAAAAACAGGCCAGUGAAAAAAACUGAGCAUAGACGAAGUCAGAGGACCAAUCGGAUUCUUGUAUCUAUAGUUACACUCUUUACAAUAUGCUGGCUUCCAUGGAAUAUUUUCAGUCUUUUUGUUGAAUUUGACCCCGAUCUUGUGAAAGGGAAGUUUUUCAAAGUAACAGACUUGUUUCUUAAAAGUUUUGCCAUGAGUUCUUCAUGCAUCAAUCCUUUUCUCUAUGGAUGGCUAAAUGAUAACUUCAAAAAAGAAAUAUGCUUAUUAUUUGAUAACUCGAAAAAGAAAUGGAAUCGUCGAACUGGACACGCCCUCCUUGAACCAAAGCGAAAUAAUACAGAAACCCAACAAAAUACUAUUGUCAUGAAUACCAUGUCACAUGGAAUCAAUGUAUGACAUUCUAGAAAUAUCUUUCUCCUCCUCAGAUUUUCCAUGUUUACAUUGCUUUAUGUAUUACCAUGUAAAAUUCUUUUUUUUCUGAAAUUUUAACAAAACAAUUAGAAUGUUGUCGUUAUUACGUUAUUGAUGUUUAUUACCGUGUAAAAGCACAAAUAUUUAUGUAUAAUCUAAUUUUUAACAUUGAUAUAUCGCAUUUGACAAUGUUGUUUCAUAAUAUAAAUCUCCUAAUUAAGAAUAAUAUCAGAUUGUAUACACAUUAUAUUGUGAUAUGUUUGUGUGUGUGUGUUUAUGCAUGUGUGUAAAAGUUGCAUUAGAUUCUUACUUAUAACGGCAAACUACAUUUUCAAAAUCAUCUACACACAGAAAACUUUCCCAGUCUCCCACUUCGCUUGUAGUAUAUACAUAUAUACGUGUGUGUGUGUGAGAGGGUAUUAGAGAGAGAGAGAACAUAUGUAUAUAUUGUUUCCUUGUUAAAUCCCAGUACAAACGAACUUUAUUAAUCUGUAGGAACUUCUGAAAUUAGAAUCGUGUAAACACAAGUUCCUAGAUGCCUCCUUCUUUUUAUCCAUCUGAGUAUUGCAUAUGUGAAGGUUGGAGUGCUCAGUGUUAAUGAUAUACUUCCGAAAAUAUAAUUUGUUUUGUAAUACAACGCUUUGAUCAAAUGAAUACGAGUUUGCAUAGCUCUCAGCUCCAGAUAUUUUGUAUAUUAGGUGCUGUACUGGUAGGAGAAAAGGACUGCCAUAUAACAACGUGUAUUAUGUUUCGUUUCGUGUCUACGGUCUUAUAUGAUGUUGUGCUGUGGUUAAUGCUGCCUAUCAUACUUUCGAAUUUACCUAAAUGAAACCACCAGUCAUGAAGGGAAGUCGAUUUAUUCAACUGUUCCUAAAGACCAAAAUAUUUCUUGUUUCUGAGC